CGCCGCUUCGACAUCUGAUCUCUGAGAUCGGCAAUUCAACUGCGUCGCCUCCAUUCGUUCUGAAUAUUAACUCCCUAUCUGGUCAUUAGACUUCGCUCCCGCUCGCUCUUGGCACCUACCUAAUUUAUUUUCCAUCGUCGCUGGUCCUUCACUGCUCCGCUCGUGCCGACUCCGAUCGCUGUUUGCCGCCUUCUAGCUGGUAUCCUGACCAUAAAACAAGGAACCUAGCUCCGUCUGCUUGCUUUCCGCGUUGCCUCACGUCGUCUUUUGCCCUACGCUCAUGCACGGAACCAUUGGACGUCGAGACGCUUGAUAUUGUCUUCGACCGACACGCCCCGAUUCCUUUGUCUCCAUCAGACUCAAGCCGCGGCCUAACUCAACACAAUCAUUGGUGGAUUUGCGGCAAACAAGCAACGCCAUGACGACGCAGCGCACAGCAAAUGGCCUGCCGAACGGCCGCAAUGGCUUCCGCGGCGAGGGUGAACUGGAGACCUCCAGCAGCAAGGAAGCCGACGCCGGAGUCAACGGCAUAUCCAACGGAACUGGCACGCUCAAGCUGAACUCGCGGAGGAAAGUGGACCGCAAGAAGUCGAGCCCCAUGUUGCCAGCCUUCAUGGUCUCAGCCCCUGGAAAGGUGAUCCUGUGUGGCGAGCACGGCGUCGUGCACGGAAAAGCUGCGAUUGCCGCCGCCAUUGCUUUGCGAUCCUACCUGCUCGUUACAACACUCUCCAAGUCGAAGCGGACAGUAACGCUGCGGUUCCCCGAUAUCGACUUCAAUCAUACUUGGAACAUCGACGAGCUGCCUUGGGCCACAUUCCAGCAGCCCUCCAAGAAGAAGUACUACUAUGAUCUCGUCACGGAGCUCGACCCCGAUCUGGUGUCCGCGAUUCAGCCCUUGGUCGCCGAUGUGUCACCCCACAAGCCGGCCGACAUACGCAAGAUACACCAGAACUCGGCAGGGGCAUUUCUCUACAUGUUCCUGUCGCUUGGGUCGCCGUCAUUCCCAGCCUGCCAGUACACGCUACGAUCCACAAUCCCGAUCGGCGCCGGCCUGGGCAGCAGCGCUACUAUCGCCGUAUGUCUGUCCGCGGCGCUCCUCCUACAGCUGCGAACGCUGUCUGGUCCGCACCCAGACCAACCGCCCGAAGAGGCGCGCGUUCAGAUUGAGCGCAUCAACCGCUGGGCAUUUGUCUACGAGAUGUUCAUCCACGGCAACCCCUCUGGGGUAGACAACACGGUCUCAACCCAGGGUAACGCGGUCAUCUUCCAGCGGACAGAUUACGGCAAGCCGCCCUCGGUGAAGCCGCUCUGGGACUUCCCGAAGCUGCCCCUGCUCCUGGUCAAUACAAAGGUGCCCAAGUCUACCUCGCACGAGGUCGCCAAAGUUGGCAAGCUGAAGAAGAUGCACCCGGUCCUCGUCGGCAGCAUCCUGGACGCGGUCGACCAGGUCACACAGACAGCGGCGGGCAUCCUGACCGAGGAGUCGUUCGACGCGGAGAGCGAGGAGUGCCUGACGCGCGUCGGCGAGCUCAUGACCAUCAACCACGGCCUGCUGGUUUCGCUGGGCGUGUCGCACCCGCGGCUGGAGCGUGUGCGCGAGCUGGUCGACCACCAGGGCAUCGGCUGGACCAAGCUCACCGGCGCGGGCGGCGGCGGGUGCUCCAUCACGCUGCUCCGGCCCGACGUCCCGAGGGAGAAGCUGGACCGGCUGGAGGAGCAGCUGGAUCGAGAGGGAUAUCAGAAGUUCAGGACGACGCUGGGAGGCGACGGGGUGGGUGUCCUGUGGCCUGCGGUGCUGAAGAACGGGAUGGACGAGGAUGACAGGGGUGGAAUGGAGAUUGAUCUGGAGAGGUUUCUCAGUGCGGAGGGCAACGAGGGUGUGGAGCGGCUUGUGGGCGUGCACGGAGGGGGCGGUGAAAGGGAGGGCUGGAACUUCUGGAGGGUGGAGGGUUAGUUCGGUUGUAAGAUGGGAAACCGGAUGGGCUGUGGGAACAGCUGGUGCGUUCCGUGUGCCCGACUAUUGCGGUUAAGGCAGGCUCUCCUAGGUUGGUCAGGAGGUUGGCCAGGAUGCCGGGUUUCCUCGACUUGCCGCAGCUCGGGGACUCCGGGACGGACUACGACAAGGGGCCGCCCGGGCAUGGAAGGCUGGGAAGCUCUGGCUCAUUGUUAUCUUUCAGUUCUCUGUAUGUGGUUCUAGAUUUCCUUACCUUACGGUACUUGCAGACUUCGAACUCCCUUACUUCUAAUUGAUGUAAUACUUUCUCAAUGCGG